CUCGGGAGUUCGGAGGAUCUUCCUUAUUCAAGCUGUGAAGCGAAGAGGAGAAAAUAGUUUACAUCUAUUAUCGGAUUAUUUAAUCCAUUUUCAGACCUCCAACAGCACCAUGGUUGUCAUUGAGAGGACGUUUUCUCUGAGCAGCAGCUCUGGAAGCCAGAAUAGAAACUCCACUCUGGACCAGCAGGAACCUCCUCACAUUAAAGUGGAACAUGAGGAACCAGAACCCCAACAGAUUAAAGAGGAGGAGCAACGAGAUCAUCCAAAGAUUAAAGAGGAGGAGGAACUAGAUCACCCACAGAUUAAAGAGGAAGAGGAAAUCAACACUUGUGAGGACUUCGAGCAGGAGACUGACGCCUCUCUUCAAACUGUGACUGAUGAGAAAAUUGACUCACAGCCAGAUGAAGAGCUUCACCUUGGUAACCCUGUGCCGGCUGUGAGUCACGACCAUCAAAGAACCUGUGAGGAUUCAGGGCCACAAAGAAAUGAAGACCCUACAUUAAACAACACAGUUCAAACAGACAGGAGGGAUUAUUGUGAUAUAUGUCAGAAACAUUUCAAACACAGUCAAAGAUCAGUAAAAGCCCGCAGAAUUCACAAACGUGAGAUGCCAUGUUUUUGUAAACUGUGUGGAAAAAGUUUCUGUCGGACUGAACAUUUGACUCUCCACAUGAGAACUCACAAAGGUGAGAAGCUGCAUUCAUGUGAAACAUGUGGGAAAACAUUUGAUAGAAGUAGUCGUUUGACUGUCCACAUGAGGAUCCAUACAGGUGAGAAGCCUUAUUCUUGUGAAGUAUGUGGGAAAUCAUUUGUUCAGCGACAACAUUUAUCUGUCCACAUGAGGACUCACACAGGUGAGAAGCCAUAUUCGUGUCAGACAUGUGGGAAAUGUUUCAGUCGCCACGACAGUCUGACACUCCAUAUGAGGACUCACACAGGUGAGAAGCCUUAUUCUUGUAAAACGUGUAGAAAAACUUUUCGUUACAGUAGUCAUUUAUCUGCCCACAUGAUGACUCACACAGGUGUUGACCCUUAUGCUUGUGAAACAUGUAGAAAAACUUUUUGUUCCAGUCAUGAUUUGACUGUCCACAUGAGGAUCCACACAGGUGAGAAGCCUUAUUCUUGUGAAACGUGUGGUGAAGCUUUCCGUUACAGCUUCCAGUUCACUGCCCACAAAAGGAUUCACAGGGAUUAAAAGCUUUUUUCCUGUAAAACAUGCAAAAAGUUUCAGUAAUAGUGGAAAACUGACUGUCAACAUAAAGAUUUACACCGGUUAGAAGCGUUUUUCUUGUUCAAAGGGGGAAUUGUGUCAGUGAUCAUUUGGCACUCCACGUCAGGAUUCACCCUGGUGAGAAUGAGAAAUAGUUUUGAAGGACAUCUGGAACCGUUAUGUUAUUUUAAUGUUAUUCAGUUUGUUUCCACUCGUCGGACAGUGAGUCAUGAAAAUUAAUGCACCUCGCUGUGGGAAGUUUUUCCAUCACUUUCUAUUUUUGAAUUAAUCAAAUGGCCUGUUUUACAAUGAGACAAACAGGCUAUCAGGCUAUCAAACCUCUUUUAGACUGCAUAAAUGAAACCAAAGCAUGGAUGGCAUUGAAUUUUCUUCAUCUCAAUCAAAGUAAAUGUGAGGUUAUUGUUUUUGGUCCCAGUUCACCACACAUGUCCCCCUCUAUUGACCUUGGUUUUCUGGAGCCAUUAGAGAAGCCCGUUGUUUCCAACUUGGGGGUCAAAAUGGACCCGGAGCUUAAAUUGGAUCAACAAAUCAGUGCCGAUGUUCAGUCUAGUUUUUUACAGCUAAGACAACUGGCCAAAAUUAAACAUUUUCUGUCGAACCAACAAUUUGAAACGGCGAUCCAUGUAUUCAUUACAACCAGACUUGACUACUGUAAUUCACUGUACGCUGGUGUGAGUCAGAAUGUGCUCAGCCGCUUACAGAGAGUCUGAAACUCUGCGGCUCGACUCCUCACUGGAACACACCAAUAUGACAGCAUCUCACCUAUAUUAGCAUCACUCCACUGGCUUCCAGUGGCUUUUAGAGUUGAUUUUAAAAUCCUCUUAUUUACUUUUAAAUGUUUGCACGGUAUGGCUCCUUCCUAUCUCACUGACCUGGUUCACCUAUAUGUCCCGUCUCGAUCUUUAAGAUCAGAAGAUCAGUUGCUGCUUGUGGUCCCUAAGACAAAACGCAAGCUUCGUGGGGACCGUGCGUUUUCUGUCACUGCUCCACGACUGGGGAACCAGUUGCCUUUGGAGAUUAGACAGGCUGAGUCACUGAAAGCUUUUAAAUCUCUUUUGAAAACACAUCUUUUUUCACUGGCUUUUAAUCAAUGAUGUUCUUAUUGUUAUGGAUUGAUCAUUUGUUUUUUGCACUGUCUGCUCUUAUAUUGUAUUUUGUGAUUUAUAUUUGUCUGUGUACAGCACUUUGGCCGGCUGUAAAGUUUUGAAAGUGCUUUAUAAAUAAAGCUGGUAUGGUAUGGUAUAGUAUGGGAGAGCAGUUCUGCUCAUAUGUUAGAAAUGUAAAUAAAUUAUGCUUUC